AUGACUAACUCUAAAGGUUACCGAAGAGGAACCCGAGAUUUGUUUUCUCGUGGUUAUCGUAAACAUGGAGUUAUACCGCUCUCUACUUAUAUGAAAGUAUACAAAGUUGGUGAUAUAGUAUCUAUCAAAGGUAAUGGGGCUGUCCAAAAAGGUAUGCCACACAAAAGCUACCAUGGAAAAACAGGCAGAGUAUAUAAUGUUACACCUAGAGCAUUGGGUGUAAUUGUUAAUAAAAGAGUUAGAGGUAAUAUUCUCCCUAAAAGAAUCAACAUAAGGAUUGAGCAUGUUAACCACUCAAAAUGUAGAGAGGAUUUCUUGAAAAGAGUAAGAGAAAAUGAGAGGCUUAGGAAAAUAGCAAAAGAAACUGGUACCUUUAUUCAACUUAAAAGACAGCCUGCACAACCAAGAACAGCACAUUUAAUUGAAGUAAAGGAGGAGCCAAUAUUGCUUGCUCCUAUUCCUUAUGAGUUUGUUGCUUAA